ACAGUUUUGCGAUUUCAACGGAAAACUGCGAAACAAAAUCCUGUGAGCAGAAAUUGCGAAACUAUUGUGACAGUUGUUUGGUGCGUAAAUGUUGACCAAUGUUAGUGACACUGUUAGCCAUCAUCCUUUGUUGAUAAGAGAAGUGCAAUUGCCUGUGAUCGUGCAAUGGAUAAUCCCAGCUAUGGAUCGGCGCACAUGUCAUCGCCUGCAUUAGUCGUGUUCUCCCAGGCAGCGAAUGGAUUAAGUGACGCACUACGCAUUCAGAGACCAUUCAAUUCCCAUCUCCCGGACGCCAAAGACCUGCACCAUCUUUCGCUAAUGAGUGGCUACGGCGCCCAUCUGCUGCACGGUUUCCAGCCACACUUCCUGCACCCGCUAAACCCAGCCGUAUCGACAGCCAACGGUACGAGCCCCUUCGGUGGAGGGGGAGCAUUUGUGAAACCGUUCCCUUCGAAUCUACCGCUUCCGUCGGCCUUCGCACCGCCCAAAUGUCUCGGAUUUGGCAUCGACCAAAAUAUCUUUUCAAAGGGGCUGCUGUUCGGUAGUAGUACCGGUUCGGAGUCAUUCCGGACGUCGGAUUCGUCGAGUCCAGCAUGUGCAUCGUUAUCUCCACCAACCAAGGAUGAAUCGAUGGAAGGACAAACCAGUGAAGAAGGAGAUCGAGAUCGGAUAUGCAGUCCGGAACGAAGUCCGGAAACACCUGGCUUCAGACAACUACUGUCCCUGUUUGGACCCAAGAACCAAUUUUUGUCUUAUCUAGACGAUCAGAACAAGACAAUCAGAAGAAUCGGUCCCCCAAAGAAAUCCUUCGUAGGAACGCCUCCACCCAAUUCCUGCCCUAUCUGUGGUAUCCAGCUUGCACCAAGUGACCUAGAGACCCAUUUCUCGGCCGAACUGACACGACUCACCAAAAUGAGCUCAGCAGCGGAACGCCUGGAACUGCGGCGAACCCUGAGUGUCGAUAUGCACGCGAUGCAAAAUACCCUUCAGGGGCGCACCAGCCGGUGGGAAACGUUCAAAAAUAUUCGCAACAAGCGUCAGGAUCGCCUCCGGGGUAAAUUGCGGAAGCGGAAAUUUGACGGCGAAGAUGGAUUCGGCAUCCAACUGGGGAACCUCAACUGUCAGUCCUGUCCGGUGUGUCAUGGACGGCUACAGAGGACGCAGGAGGAAAUUGCACAGCACAUCGAGGAAUGUGUUAGGAAGGUUAGUCAACAGCAUCAGCACCAACAGCAACAACAGCACCAACAUCAGCAGAGCAAUCAAUCUUCGGCUCAGGACGAAGAUGAAACUGUUGACGUGGAAAGCUACGGUGACGAAACGUCGAAUGGAGCUAUCAAUAUGACCUCUAAUGUGAUUCAUCACACUAACAGUAGUCAUCACAAUAACAAUAAUAACAACAAUCCGCCAAUGAAGUCCGAUCCUCCGAUGACCAAGAUUCCUCCAAUGGAAGAAAGUGCCAUCACUUCGCUUAGUUCAAUUGUACCGCAUUGGGAUAGGAAAAAUCGGUUAAACUUACCCCUCAACUGUACGGCCACCUCCGACAACUCGAUCACCCGAGUGACUCCAACUAGCAGCGAUCAGCGAAUCGACGUCGAUUACGAACAGGAUCACGACCACAGCCAGGACAUGGUCACCAACCACGACGAGGAAGUUAUCGUAGACAAUACGGACGAUGAGGAAUGUAUCAAGCGACCCCGACAAACGACGCUGACUUCGCUGGGUAGUCACCCCAGCAACGGAAACCCCGGUAUGGGUGCACCUCGUGAUGAUAAGAAUAGCACCGAAGAGGCCACCUCGUCGGUGGAGAUCGACUCCGCCACGGAUUCGAUGCCAAUCCGGACGGCUGGAACUACGCCCAAUUCCGAUUCGUACGUCAGCACGUCGGAACCGACGGAACCCUCGUCCAAGGCACAGGUUCUCGAGGAGCUAAAAGCCCGAAUACGAGAACUGGAAGGCUCACCGCACUACAAAUGUUUCAUAUGUAAGGAAAAAUGUAAGGCAUUGGUCAUAUCGAAAAUCUGCGGUCACUAUCUUUGCGAGGAAUGUUGGAUCACUGAGACGGAAUCCUCCAAAUCUUGCCCACGUUGCAAGAUCAUUACCGCCAAUUCGGAUUUUAGGAAAAUUCAUGCAUAAAGCUGAAACAGCCGUUUAUUUAUUGUUUCCGCCUUCUUUCUAUUUAUUUUUCAUAGCCCUAGAACUUGUAACGACCCUUUAGCCUACAUAUGUAUGAUAAUAAAUCGAAUGUUGUAAACUUUAAACUAUUCAAACCAGAGCUCUCUCACAGAAAAAAAAAACUUUUUGAAUCGUCUAUCUGAAGGUGGAUAUCUAAGGCAUAAGAAUUAUCAUCUUUCAAAUUCUGCAAAAGGCUAUAAAUAGAGAAAUAAAAAUGUGCAAUAAAUGUUUAAUUCGAUCACAAGGUGAACUUUUGCCGGCAUAAAAUCAAUCGAUCAGAUAUACUCGACAUUAAGUGUAAAACAAUAAAAAUUCUGCCCAGUGAUAGAAACCAGCAAGAUUUGUGGGAUAUCAAUCACUUUAUAAAAGUACACACAUAAGCGAACCAGACAAAUGAACAAGGCUUAAUUGUUAUUUCGAUAUAUGAAUAGAUAAUCAUGGAAAGCUACUCUAGCUGAAGUAAGUGCAAACCCAUGCUGUUGUGUAAAUAGCCAUAAUGAAAAUUGAAUCUUAAGAUAAAUUAUUACAGCAAACAUAGUUUAAUGAUACUCCUUCCACUGGUAAGACAAAUAUUUUCGCAUUGAAACAACUAGAAAGGAUGUCAAAGAAGAAGAAGAACAAAAAACCAUUCAACCAAAAAAGCGGAAGAGGCAAAAAUUCAAUUGUUUAUGUCAAAUUCAUACAGUAAUAAAGCUAAAAUUCUCAACUGAUGAUCAAUAAAAGCUAUGAUUGAAAA